GAUCGAGAGCAUUGUCACUUCCAUACGUUACAAUACAGAGAUGUAGGUAGGUGAGAAGGAAAGUCGACUGCGCUCGAGGAUGAGUUGAACGAAGCACGCGAUUUGACUAUGCUGACUUUUGCUCAGGUGAUUCAAGAUGGCGGACGCAAAAUACUUGCAGGAGACGGUGGGACCAGCUCUCACGGCUGGUUUGGCCUCUGUCGCUUCUGUGCAGCCAGAAGACCCUGUCGACUAUCUUGCUCACUGGCUCUUGAAGUAUCUCGCGGUGGAAGAGCAGAAGGCUCUGGCGGUGAAAGCAAAGGAGCAUGCGGAGAAGGAGAGGGAGAGAGUGGACGCGGAGGAACAGGCUAAGAUUCACGAGCAAGGCGACAACACGAGCCGUUUGAACAGCUGCAAGGAGAGUCUUUCCAAAGAGACGAGCAUCGACAAGCUGUAUAACAGCCUCAUCGAGACUCUGCGCAAGGAGACUGAGGCCAAGAACGUCUAUGUCGCCUUCUUGGAGCAGCGAGAAGCUCCUGAAGGAGCAGCCCCGGAGCCGGAGGAAGAAGCCGUUGCUCCUCCUGAGGGAUGGAGCGUGGAAGAAGGACGAUGGACCAACGUGCCGGAAGGCGAGGAACCUCCUCCUCCUUGGGUGCCUCCCAAGAUCAUGCCCCGCGUACCCACCUACUGCGCCUUGACAUACAAGUACGCCAACAGGGAAAACUCUUGGCUGCGAGGAAAGGAAAUCUUGUCACCUGCUCUUUCCAACGGCACGGCCACUGUCUCUUUCCAGGCCGUACAGGAACGGAAGAGCGUCCUCGUCUCCAACGUGCUGGAGUCCGACCCUCCCCUCGUCUUCCAUGGGAUGCCCUUGCCUGGCUCGUUCGCCGUGUGCCCUCUACUGGCUUCCGAAGAUGACAAGUACCUGGAGGGAAGAGUUCUAGGGCUCAUCUUCAUCGACACCCUGUCGUCUUCAUCCUACCUGAGCGACAAGGAUCUUGAGGUCCUGCAGGACUUGCGCUCGACCGUGUCUUUCACCCACGAGAAGCUGAUCUUGGAGGCGAAGAAACGAGUGGAAGAAGAGCAGGCGGCAGCCAGCCGCCUCCUCAACGAGGACUGUGUGGUGCCGGAAGAGAAGAAGCCCGUGGAGGAGGACGGCAUCGACGAGCUAGAAGGCAAGUUGACGUUCGCCCAGGAUCUGGUGCAGAAGGUGAAGGACAUUAUUGGAGAGCGAAUGCCGAUGGAGCGCAAGGACGAGCACGGGCACGAGCUGUCAGAGAUCAGCACUUUCGAGGCCGGGACGGUGGCUCAUCGGGUGGUGGCGAGCGUGGAGUGCCUGGUCAAGGUUGCUCAGGGCGACGGCUACCUCAAGGACCUAUCGGAUGCUCUGAGCAAGUUCGACCUCCUCGCGGUCGAUCAAGCCGUCAUGGACGAAUGCAAGCUGAAGCUCAACCCUGAGGGAGCGGAACCUGUGACUAAGGAGAGCGAGAUGCCCUUCACUGCUCAACUUCUUGUCGCGCUUGUCUUGCUGGUUCUCGAGUUCGGGGAUGCUGCCAUCAAGCUUGCCACCCUGAAGGCGGAGAAGGCGGCUCAAGAAGAAGCAGCAGCAGCCGAAGCAGCAGCAGCCGAAGCAGCAGCAGCCGAAGCAGCAGCACCGGCGGAGGAGCAAGCGGAAGCUGCGCCACCGGCAGACGGUGAGGAGCCUCCUGCUGCAGAGUGAAGCAAAUGGUUGAGGGAAGCCCAUCAGAGGUUGAAGGAUUGAAAACUUGAUGUUCAUUUCUCUGUACACAAAAUAAAGAUUACACAUUUGACGG